GGUAGCGUGCGGUGCGAGGUCGCGAAGUUAGGGCCAUGGCGCGGGUUGCCGCCCCCCCCGAGGUGAUCCGCGCAGCGCAGAAGGACGAGUACUACCGCGGCGGCCUGCGGAGCGCGGCGGGCGGCGCCCUGCACAGCCUGGCGGGUGCAAAGAAGUGGUUGGAGUGGAGAAAAGAGAUCGAGCUGCUCUCAGACAUAGCCUACUUUGGCCUCACCACACUUGCAGGCUACCAGACCCUUGGGGAGGAGUAUGUGGGCAUCAUCCAGGUGGACCCAUCCCAGCGGCAUGUGCCCUCCAGGCUCCGCCGUUGUAUGCUGGUCACAUUUCAUGCAGUCCUGCCCUACCUGCUGGACAAGGCCCUGCUGCCCCUGGAGCAGGAGAUGCAGGCUGAAGGUGACAGCAUGCGGCCCUCACAGGGUAGCCUGGUGCCCAGUGGACGUGGCCGGUCAGGGACACGACGAUGGGUUCGUCGCCAUAUGGCUACCCUGACUGAGCAACAGAGGAGGACACUUCAGCGGGCCACCUUCAUCCUUAGACAGGGCCUCGCCUGCCUCCAUCGCCUCCACAUAGCCUGGUUUUACAUCCACGGCAUCUUCUACCACCUGGCCAAGAGGCUCACAGGGAUCACUUAUCUGCGGAUCCACCACCUGUCAGGAGAGGACCCACGGGCUCGCGCAAGCUACCGGCUGCUGGGGCUCGUCUCCCUGCUGCACCUGGCACUCUCCGUGGGGCUGCAGCUGUACGGCUUCAGGCAGAGGCGGAGAGCCAGGAAGGAGUGGAGGCUGCACCGCAAUCUGUCCCACCGCAGGAGCUCCCUGGAAGACAGAGCCGUUUCCCGCGCACCACUGUGCACCCUGUGCCUGGAGGAGCGCAGGCAUGCGACAGCCACUCCCUGUGGCCACCUUUUCUGCUGGGAGUGCAUCACUGAGUGGUGCAGCACCAAGGCGCAGUGUCCCCUCUGCAGGGAGAAGUUCCCUCCCCAGAAACUGGUCUACCUGAGGCACUACCGCUGACUGUCACCAAACACCCCGGAAAGUGGAUGGAGGAACCUCAAGAAGCUUAUUCUCGAGAUUCACUUAGUUGUACAGAAAUCAUAGAACCCUUUGCACUGUGUUGCCACAUAAAGCUACGACUCCCACCACCAGGCUAGAGGACAAAAAGCUGGUGCUGACGAGGAUGACCAGCCUGGCACUAUAAGGGCUGCUUUGGCAGGUGGCUGUGGCCCACCAAGGGAGGAGCCAAAGCCCCAGGUUUGGCUCAGCUGAGGGCUUCUUCAGAGGUCCCUCGUUUGGACAAGGUCUCAGGAUUCCCUCCCUCCCCCAGCCACACAGUUGAGAACUAAUUUCAAAAGUUGUCCAGAAAGAAUUUUAUUCACUCUGUUGAGCAGAGGACUCUCAGGAGGUAGGAGCUGAGCAUCGAGUGGGGAGGGGGCAGUGUGCUCCAGCUGGGUGGUCAGAGAGGCCCCCAGCAUCCAGGCCAGGUAAGCCCAUCUAUAGGACUGGGUGUCAAGACCACACAGUAACCAAAGGUCAGUACCUCUGACUAAAUAUUUGGCACAUAUUUUUAAUUCAUGGCAUUUCCCAUUUUUGGCUUUAGCACAAAUGGGAAGGGGUCUCCCCAACUGCAGGGGCAGAGCCAGCUUGAGUGAAAUUUCCUGUUGUUUUCUUCACAUCUUAACUUGCUUCUGCUCUUAGGCUCCUCUGGGGAGCCUAGGUGAGCCAGUGCCCUCCCCCAAAGGCCCAGGUGGGCAAGCACGCUGCUUACCCAAGGUCAUGCUGUGGCAGCCCCCUCAGCGUGUCCCCAGCCUGCUUCCUGCCUCUAUUUGAUAUUUCCAGGUUUUCAAACUUAACUGGUGCCAGAGACAACUUGCAACUUUUAAGAAACUAAUUCCACAGAAAUGUGGGUCCAUGGAGAACAAAGGAUUGACCUGGAAGAAUCUCAUAAAAUGUGUGGAGCUGCCCCUGGCAGGACCUCUGGGUUGUGUGGAAUGUGGGGCUGAGGCCAGCCAGCAACACUGGCUUUGCUGUGCAGCUGUUCCUAGUGAGCAGGGCCAGCGAACAGCAACAGGCAACUGCCUGCCCUAGUCUGGGAGGAGCUCUGGGGAUGGCUCCAGGGCUGUUGGGCAGCAGAAGCCUCCACAGCCCCUGCAGGGAGCCUGGAGCACAGCUCUGCACAACCAUGCUCAGCCCUGGACAGAUGCACACUGAGUUCCCAUCACAGGCAGAGUUUGACAAUCCCAGGUGCUGCCUGUACUGCCAGCUACUAGGGAGGCUGAGGCAAGAGGAAAGUCUGACGUCAGCCUUGGCAACUUAGACUGUGCGGCAGAGAGAAAAAAAAUUUACAGGGAUCUUGGAGGGUGUGGCUCAGGUACAUCACUUGCUUAACAAGGCUCAAGGCCCUGGAUUCAAUCCCCAGAACCACACACACAUACAAAAAGUGAACUUUCAGGUACACAGAAGGACUUAUAUAUGACCUCUCAGAGGAGCUCAACUUGAGAUCAGAAGUCAACAAAAGACGUCCAGACCAUUGGCUCAGUGUCUGAAACCCUGUGUGUGCAUGGGAAGCCCUGCUGCCAAGGCACCAGAGGGCCAGAGCACUUGUGCCCCCUGCAGGGGUGUCUCUUGGCUAUUGUCAAAGACUGUUCCCCUCCCGGGGCAGCUGAGAGCAAGCUGGGCCUUGGUGCAAGGACUAGUGCUUUAGGUAUAGACUAUGCAAGCAAAGGACACUGUCUUUAAUAAAACUGGAAUUAAAAAGUCA